UGCACUGCUUCGUUGUGUGUCAGAGAGGAAAUUUUUCUCUUAACGAUUACAAUUCGGUGAUAUCAAGAGUUUUUGAAAUCUUUUUUUUUUCUUUGUAUUGAAAAGAAGUGAUUAAGUGAUUUUUGGAGAAAGGAAAGUUACAGUGUUUUUUUGUGUAAAAGAAGAAAAGAAAAUGUCACUCGUUCCAAUGAUGUUCUCAAAAUGGUGGGAGGAUUUGGAGCAUCCCCAUCACGUUUUCGAUCAACAUUUUGGCCAUGGACUUCAUCCUGAGGAUUUGGAAUUAUCGAUUUCUCCCUAUCAUGACCUUGUGUCUAGACCUCAUAUUUUGCAUCGCCGGCUCGCUCACCGACGCCAUCCAUACGACAGGAGUCUUGCUUUGACACAAAGGUCAGGCGGUACCUCCACUGUUCAUACCGACAAGCAAAAGUUCAACGUGAGCUUGGACGUUCAACAAUUCAAACCGGAGGAAAUAACGGUAAAAGUGGUCGGCAACAAUGUAAUUGUCGAAGGAAAGCACGAGGAACAAAAGGACGAGCACGGAUGGAUUUCGCGACAAUUCUCAAGGAAGUAUCUGGUUCCUGAACAAUGUGACAUUGAAAAAUUGACAUCAAGUCUCUCGUCUGAUGGAGUAUUGGCAAUCAAUGCACCGCGAAAGGAUCUUCCCAUUGAGGAUAAAAAGGAGCGAGUUAUCGAAAUUCAACACACUGGUACACCGGCCAUUAAGGAUUCAGCCAACAAGUCGAUUGAUUCGCAAAAAGAAGCGGCGUCACAGACAAAUAAAAGUCCAGCUCAACCACGAGCUGCUGAAAAAAUUGUAAAAGCUGCCUAAAAAGGUAGCUUUCUUUUUGUACUUUUUUUUGUAUGUACUAUUUUCACGCGCGUAAUUCAAUUACGAUUAUUAUUAUUAUUAUUACAAUUAGUCAUUUAUCGUUCAACGAAGUAUUAUUUAAUUUUCCAGUGAGACUACUUCAGCAUUUAGUUUAUAACCUGUUUCAAUACCAGAAAGUGAUAAAUAUGUGAUUUUUUUUAAAUACUAAAACUAAUUUAAGUUCUAAUUUUAUAACAUAUACAAUUGCAUUUGUAUCGAAAAGAGAGACGUGAGAAGAGAUUUUUCUGUCACUGGAUAUUUGUGAAAAUGUGUUUUCUGAAUGAAAAUUAAUACGAAAUAAAUUUUGAAACAAAGAAAA